CCGUUCACGCACCACAACUCCGUGGGUAAACGCGAGAACGCCACCCCCGUGGUGCUCGAGAUGGUCGGGGAUCUCAAGGCUGGGGGGUUCGAGGGCAUCUGGCGUGAGGGGCCGCGCAACGGCAAAUACGGUUCGCAGUACACCGAAUUCGCGGCGCCUUCGCUGAUGCGUCACACGCUCAAGACGGACGCGUUCACGACGCUGACGGUGGUGUACGCCGUGCCCACGACACCGGGUCGGUGCAGGCUGAUGGCCAGGUUCCCGUUCAUCUUCAAGGCUGCGCCGCCCAGGAUCAUCUUCAAGCUCGUCCCCCGGUGGUGGUCGCACCUCAACCAAAACGCAAUCCUGGAGGAUGACCAGAUCUUCCUCCACAAGCAGGAGCGAUUGAUCGAGAUCGAGCGAAACGUCAAGAACAAGAGCUACGCGCAGGCGUGCUACAUGCCCACAAAGGCGGACACCUACGUCGGCGCCUUUCGAAAGUGGAUCGUGGAGAUGGCCGGCGGCCACCCGGCGUGGCCCGCCGGGAUGGAAAACCAACUGCCGCCGCAGGAGAACAGCAGGACGAUCCUGCUCGACAGGUUCAACGCCCACACCGCGUCGUGCAAAUCGUGCUCCGUGGCGCUGAGGAACAUCACCAUGCUCCGGAAGGUGCUCAGGGUGGCGAGCAUCGUGGCGCUGGCGGCGGCGGCGACGGCGUUCGCGCGCAUGGGCGCGGCUUCGCCGAAACUGUCCAUCGGGUUGGCGGUGGUCGCCGCGGCCAUGGCGGGCGCCAGGGAGUGGCUCGGCGGCGUGGUUGGUAAGAUGCGGGUGGGGCCGUACCCUCCCCCGAGGAGGCCGCCGUCGAUGAUGGAAUCGGCGCUGGAGCAGGCCCGCAUCGCGCUCAUCUAGGAACGUUCGUUCAUCGUGACUCAUCCGAUCUCG